AUGGGUCCGUAUCCAGUGGGUCUUGAUCCGCCUGGUAACGUACUGGGUUAUGUAUAUCCAUCGUCAAAUUGUGCUCCAUCUUUGCUGAUUGGUCUAAUCAACAUGUUCAUGAUGAAGGAUCGUCCAUCAGGUUUCGUGAAUGAAACCACUGGAGUAGUUUAUAAUCAGUGCUAUCUGAAUCUAUGGUAUCCCGGACAGGUGAGAUUGAUUUUGCUUAGUUGCAUUCCUUGUUUCAGUUAUUCUUUCAAUGAAAAUUAUCUACUAAAUUAG